GAACGAGGAAUCGCAGAGAAAAGAGAUCGCCUUCUUUCUCUCUUUCUAUUCCCUGUGGCCAUUUUCAGUCACACGCGCAUACAGAUGCAUACAGGUUGUGUCUGUCUAUAUAUAUAGGGGUGUGUGUUUGUGUGUAUCGCUUCGAUUAGAUUAGCAAUAGCAGGCAAGCUCCUCUCAUGGCUUCCUACGCGAACUCGCUUCUUUCCUAAUUCUUUCUAAUUGGUAUCAUCCCCAGUUUCUCCGAUUUUCAUCGAUUCAGAUAAAAAAAUUUUACCUUUACACAUCAUCUUCGAAUCCCUAUUUCACCCGCCAUGAGUUCCGAUCAAACCAAUGCCCCCGGAAACGGUGGAGUUCUUCAGAUCCACCAUGGUCGGAGGUUACCGGACUUCCUGCAGAGCGUUAACCUCAAGUACGUCAAACUGGGUUAUCACUAUUUAAUGACCCAUCUUCUCACUCUCUGUAUGAUCCCUCUAAUGUCCAUCGUCAUAAUUCAAGCUUCCCAAAUGAACCCUGAAGAGAUUCGCCAUCUCUGGCUCCACUUACAGUACAAUCUCGUCAUCGUCAUCACCUGCUCUGCGAUCCUCGUCUUCGGAUCCACCUUCUACCUCUUGACCCGACCCAGAUCCAUUUACCUCCUCGACUAUUCUUGCUACAAACCCCCCUCACACCUGCAAGUGAAAUACAAACAAUUCAUGGACCACUCGAAGCUGACGGGCGAUUUCGACGAUUCGUCUCUCGAAUUCCAGCGAAAGAUUUUGGAAAGAUCUGGUCUUGGUGAAGAAACAUACGUCCCUGAAGCUAUGCAUUACAUCCCACCACGGCCAUCGAUGGCGGCUGCGAGAGAAGAAGCAGAGCAGGUGAUGUUCGGAGCAUUGGACAACCUAUUCGAGAACACCAAGGUCAAACCCAAAGACAUAGGAGUCUUGGUCGUUAACUGUAGCCUGUUCAAUCCCACACCUUCGCUUUCCGCCAUGAUCGUGAACAAGUACAAGUUAAGAGGUAACAUCAAAAGCUUCAAUUUGGGAGGUAUGGGUUGUAGCGCAGGCGUCAUAGCCAUCGAUCUCGCCAAAGACAUGCUUCAAAUUCACAGGAACACAUACGCAAUCGUGGUUAGCACAGAGAAUAUCACUCAAAAUUGGUACUUUGGGAACAAGAAAUCAAUGUUAAUCCCAAACUGCCUCUUUCGUGUUGGUGGGGCUGCCAUUUUACUCUCAAACAAAUCCUCAGAUCGAAGAAAAGCCAAGUACAAGCUGCUUCAAACCGUGAGAACCCACAAAGGGGCAGACGAUAAAGCUUUCAAAUGUGUGUAUCAGGAACAAGACGAUGCAGGCAAAACAGGGGUUUCACUCUCAAAAGAUCUAAUGGCCAUAGCAGGAGGAGCUUUAAAGACCAACAUCACAACACUGGGGCCUCUGGUUCUUCCAAUCAGCGAGCAGCUUCUGUUCUUCGCAACAUUAAUGGCGAAGAAGCUUUUGAACGCGAAGGUGAAGCCAUAUAUACCAGAUUUCAAGCUAGCCUUUGAGCAUUUCUGUAUUCACGCUGGUGGGAGGGCUGUGAUUGAUGAACUCGAGAAGAAUCUUCAGCUUCUUCCCGUUCAUGUGGAAGCAUCAAGGAUGACACUUCACAGAUUUGGCAACACAUCUUCGAGCUCAAUCUGGUAUGAGUUGGGAUACAUUGAAGCCAAAGGAAGGAUGAAGAAAGGAGACAGAGUGUGGCAGAUAGCGUUCGGGAGUGGGUUUAAGUGUAACAGUGCUGUUUGGCAGGCUCUGAGGAAUGUGAAGGCUUCGCCAAACAGUCCCUGGGAGGACUGUAUUCAUAGGUAUCCUCUUCAGGUUGUGACAUAACUAAGCCUCGUUUUGUCUUCUGAAUUCUGACAAACAUAUGUAUUACAUGUCAUACUCAUUCGUAGUAAGUAAUACAUAGUGAAGUGUUUUGGAAACAUGUUAUGCUUAAUUUGGUUCUGUUCAUUUUGUUGGGA